UGGGAUACAACAAAUACUCCUUCUCCUGGUUCAUGUUCAUCACCAUUCAAUGGAAAAAUUGCAACUGUUUUUGAAUUAAAUGGAGUUCAGCCUGAAAUUGAGAAUGUGAUUGAUUUCGUGAGCAACAAUUUAUACAAUUCUACAAAUUAUGACUUCUCAACUGUAACAGAAACAAUCAAUAUUCCAUAUGCUCACACGGAUUAUUACGGGUCAUACCUCUUACAAUACGGUGGAGCAAAAAGUUUGAUGGCUCUUCAGAGCAAUAUUGAUACACUUUUUAGCAACUCUAUCUUCUCAAUAGAUACUACAGUUUCCGAUGGUCUUAUUUGGCUCAGCGAUAACUAUCCAGAUGGGGCAAAUACUAUUGUCAUUGUUGUUGGAUACCAUUCUGACGAUGAUAAUGGAAGAACGUACACUACUCUGACACAUUUGAGAUCACGAGGUUAUAAAGUUAUUUCGGUUGCUGCUGGUGUAGGGCAUGGAGAUUUAUCCUAUAUCGCUGACGAAUCAGAAUGGUAUUUCCAAGUUGAUAACUCUACUGGAGGACAAAAUGUCGCAGAUCAGAUUUCGUCGAUAAUUUGUAAAUUGUGA